UAUUGAAAAUCUAAAAAAGAAUGGUUUUUCCAAAUCACCGACCAUUAGUGCCAAAAGAAAUGAAGUGCUUUAUCGGGAAGACUUAAAAACUGGUUUUGGCUAUGCCUUGACUGGAAUUGCGGUCACUCUCGCGCUUACUGGAGCUGUUUUUGUGAUCGGGAAACAAUUAUUAAAUGCUCUCACCGGUUUUUAUGAAGAGAGUUUGCAAGAGACCAUUGAACAAAAAACUGGGGAGUUUAAAAGCCUUUUCGCCAAGCAGAUGGCUUAUGGACAGCAAACUCAACAAGCCUUAGUGGCGAUUGCCUUAGGAAUCUUCCUAUUACUCUUAAUUGCUUAUUUUUGA